GUUGAAAUUUCUUAUUUUUUUGCCUGUUUUAAAGACACGGCUUCUGCGCGUGCGCCAGCCUGGGGACUCCACCCGAAGUUGAUAAUCCCCCGGAUUGUUCAGUCUAAAAACCAUGACCAGCCGACAAUUUAAGAAAGAAAUUCUCAAUCUUUCAAGAGCACUGAGUCAUGUCGUCGAGUAGAAAAGAAUAUUAUGCUAGUAGAGAUGCCUCUAAAGUGUAUUUGUUGGGUUCUUUCCCUCGAUGGAGAGCGUUUAAGGAGCAGCAUAAAUUGAGAACAGACAAGGAUGUGGCGGAUAUGCUUCUUGACAGCUAUCUUGCGAUGAAUCGUAUAGUUUGCAAUGCAGAGAUGCAAACCGAAACGGUAAUGGAAUCAAGGGAUAUGCCGCCAAGUACACCUUCCAAAUAUUUUUCUUCUCCCAUUAAAACCUCAACGCCAAGCGCGCACUCAAAUCCGCGUCCAUUGUCUGCUUUGUCGGAUGUUAGAACAUCAUAUUCUAUCAGGUCGGGUCAGAGUGUGAUUUCUGACAGUCGAACAUUGACAGCCAAAGAUGAUAGUUCUGAUGAUGAAAGUGAUGAUGAUAAUGACAAUUUUGGUGAACACACUAUCCAGGCAGACCAGGUUUUGUCGGACUAUUCUCUUGAUGUAUGUCCCCCGGGUUUUGACGUGCCAUUACUGGAUGACUUGCUCAAUGUGACAAUCCGUGGACAUGAUGGAGAUAAGCCCACAGAAGAUGUUGGAACCCAACAACAACAACAGCAGCAACAUAAAACAACUCAACCAGAAUACAUCUCUACUGUGGAAGAAGUCAGUCCUGAAGAUGCAAUCAAGAAAGAAAAGUGUAUUGUGUUUACAGACACUCUUAUAGCUUUGAGUUAUCAAACAGUCCCAUGUAAUGAUUCCCUUCUGAUGUGAUCCUCUUUAUAAAAACCUUCUGCAUCAGUUCAGGAAUGUAACUAAAUUCUUUUGGUACAAGAACACGAACACGGCACCACUGUUGUGUACGCUUACUGAACUUCCGACCGUACCUAAUAAAAAAACAACUUUACAA